GCUAUAUAAAGAUGCAUUAAGAUGUGUAAUUGCCUGGAUUGUAUCUACAAUUAUUUAUAUUAUAUAUGUCUUACUGUAUACAUUACGUGGUAAAUUUAAAUAAGACAAAAUGAAUGAAAGUACAGAAGAAAACCAGCACCUACCUUUGGUUCUUGAAGAGAUAAAUCUUGUUGAGUUGCGACCUGUAUUCCCGGAUACGAACAAACGAUGUGUAGAUGUGUGGAUGGAGAAGAUAAAUAAGGGAGUGUUAACAUAUAUAAACUUUAAAGAAUACUGGCGACUUUGGGUGCCAAAAAUAUAUAGUCCAGAACUUAACGGCAAUUGUCUAGAAUGGGUUAUCGAUGAAGACAUGGUAAACAGAAUGUUUCUGAGACCCUUGGAGGAAUUUAUAUGUGGUGGUGAUCCACAGUUGAUUCUCAAGGAGCUUGCUAAGAUGGACAAUCCACCAACCAUAUGUGGCAGAAUGUUUAAGAUGGGUGAACCAACCUACAGUUGCAGGGAGUGUGGUAUGGACUCUACGUGCGUUCUCUGCGUCGACUGUUUCAAGCAGUCAGCUCAUCGAAACCAUAAGUAUAAAAUGGGUACGUCAAAUGGAGGUGGAUGCUGCGAUUGCGGCGACACAGAAGCCUGGAAAAAGGAGCCAUUCUGUGAGACACAUAUUGUAGGAACACUGACGAAGGAGUCUCCUGGUAAUAAGCUACCUGGUGAUAUCGCAGAGAGAGCAGUAGUGACUUUUGAGGCAUUAUUGGCAUACUGUUAUGAUCUACUGACUCUGAAGUCACUUACAUCGGUACCGCCGAGUCUCGAUAUUAAAGAAGUAGCAUCAGCAUCUUACCUAUAUGCGUUUGACCAAUUGGAUUUUUUAAAUAAUUACUGCACUGUACUCUUCAAUGAUGAGCAUCAUACCUUUGAUCAAGUGAUAAACAUGCUCAUUCGCGUACUCAAAUGUUCACAGAAAGAGGCUGUUGAAUAUGUGACAAGUGUUGAUAGAGAGGGUAGAACCGUGAUAAGAUGCUCAGAAUUUAAACAAUGUAAUGAUUUAAAAGAGGAGGUCGAGAAAUUCACGUAUAGGCAUAGCGAUCGACCACUCAAGGUAGCCGUCAUCCAUGGUUAUGUAGUCGCCCAUCAGGCGUUUACUAUAAGACUGCUCAAAUGGUUGCAACAAUUCAUAAGUCAUUGCGAGGGUUUCCGCAUCCUAUUUAGCAACAUUGCUCUUAAUACGAAAUUAGUUGAUGAUCAUUCAGUUGUUCAAAGCAUACUCACGAGAGAUUCGCAACUGUGGAAAUCCGCCAGAACAGCAUGGCACAGGUUAUUCAUAUAUGGAAUGCUCAUGGAAUAUGAGAGUAAAAAAGCGCUCUCUGUUGUAUUUACUAAUUAUUACGGAAAUGUUAUGAAGGAUUUCAUAAAGGACGAUCAUGAUCAUUCGUUCUCGAUCGUUUCGCUCUCUGUUCAGUUGUUCACCGUGCCCACCUUGGCGCAUUUGCUUAUCGCAAAGCACGAGGCUGUGUUUAUCCUAUUAAACACGUUUAUGUCUGAGAGCUCUCGGCGAUGUAACGCUGCUGGAAAAUUCGAGUUUGAGAGAAACAUGCCACACCACAACUUCAAGCGGGCACAGUUCAUACUUUAUGAUCUUCGGUACUUGCUGAGUGCAAAACCAGAAGAAUGGACGGAUGAUCUGAGACAUGGCUUCUUGCACGGUCUUUCGAAGCUAUACGAUCUCUUUUCCAACAUGCAGUGUAUGGACGCAGUACUUCGACAAGUCGGACAACAUAUGGAAUACGAGCCGGAAUGGGAGUCAGCGUUUAAUCUGCACAUAAAACUAUCACCGAUCAUUACGUUGGCUUUGGAGUGGUGCGGUUCAGACCGAGUUGUACUGAUCAAGUGCUUUGGAUCACUUCUGAGAUACCUACAUAAACAGCUGGCAAACGAGCAGCAGACAAGCCAGGUACGAGAGCUAGCGGAUCAUAGUGCAACGUGCCUGCAAUACGAUGUGGCAUCCGAACCAGUUUCUAUCCAUCUACCGCUCUCGAGAUUUCUCGCCGGUCUAUUCUUGCAUCUGGAAAAAUACAAUUUACACUUUCAUUCAUCUGACUUUCAGUCAUUUAAUACUAGUAAUAGCACUUCUAAUAAUAGCAAUCAAAAACCGACUCCUGAACAGAUCAUCGAUCCUGUACUGACGGCACAGGCCAUGAUUUCGCAGGUGCACGCGGGCAUGUGGCGGCGGAACGGUUACUCUUUGCUGAAUCAACUGUAUUUUUAUCACAAUGUUAAAUGCCGUAGCGAAAUGUUGGACCGAGAUAUCGUUUUAUUGCAGGUUGGCGCGUCGCUAAUAGAAAGCAACGAAUUUUUGAUUCAUGUUCUAAACAGAUUUAAUCUCCUUAACUGGGUACAAUCAGAUUUUGAGGUGAAUGCCUUAAAAAAUCCAGAGGAGGAUAGUAUGCGGCAGACGAUCAAUCUAGUAGAAGAAUUUUUGGGCUUGCUCAUCACGAUCAUCGGCGAGAGAUACGUUCCCGGAGUUGGUCAAGUGACCGCAGAUGAUCGUCUCAAGAAGGAAAUUAUACAACAGCUGUGCAUAAAAUCUCUCUCGCACUCGGAGUUGAGCAAGACUUUACCGGAGGACGUUAUGCACAAUGUUCAAAUUGAGUUGGAAAGAGUAAUACACGAAGUAGCGACAUUCAAGAAACCACUGGAUAUGUCGGCGAAGGGUGUGUAUGAACUCAAUCCACAAUUUUAUUCAGAAUACAAUGUGUUCUUUUAUCAUUAUACGAAAGAAGAGCACAGCAAAUCCGAGGAGAUUCAACGAAAGCGCCGAAAAGCUCAAGGAGAGCUAGAAUGUUGUCCACCGCCGAAGCUGCCUAGAUUAAUGGAAUCGUUCAGUUUGGUGGCGAAUCUGUUGCAAUGUGACGUCAUGCUUCACAUCAUGCAGACUGUUCUGGAACGUGCACUUAAUUUCAUAGCUAGGAGCUUCUCCGAGCCACAGGUGCACAAGGUACUAUAUCUGAUCGGCUAUGCAUUACAAGAACAGGAAUCCGGCUACUAUCCUUUCCUUGCGUUUACCGAACGAGCAGUGAAAUGGAAGAUUUACAAAUUGCUGGAAAAUCUGACCAGCAGUCCGCGCAUGGAUGCUCACAAGGAUCUACUCAUAUGGGUUUUAGCCAAAUAUCGUCAAGUCGCCAGUAUGUCUGGAAAAGAGGCCAGUCCGGCGCCUCUUCAGUUUGAGCAGCACCAACAACAAACAGGCGAUACAGAUACUAAUACCAAUAAGAAAACGGAUAAGGAAUGGCGAACGAAAAUGGCAGCUCAGAAACGUGCGAAGAUCAUGGCACAAAUGGCAGCUAUGCAAAAGCAUUUCAUGAAGAAGAAUGCUACCUUGUUCGAUGUAAUAACUGUGGAAGCCAAAACAGCAAAUUCUGAUUGCGGCUCCGCCAUGGAUUUAACGGAGGCCUCUUCUCGGGGAGGUAUUGCCGUUGGUCUUCAUCAGACUAGUAGGACGUGCGAACAGAAAAUGUACACUUGCAUUCUGUGCCAAGAGGAUCAGACCAUAACGGAAACUGGUUCGGCAAUGGUGUUGGCUGCAUUUGUUCAGCAAUCCACCGUGUUGUGUCAAUAUCGUGAUGACUAUCAAGAGCCCGAUCCGUUGUAUCUAUCAGCGAAAUUGGGCGUAUCACCGCACACGAGCACAUGUGGCCAUGUGAUGCACGCUCGCUGCUGGCAAGAUUACGUCGACAACGUGCUCGCUAAGGAGAACCGGCGACCUUAUAGAUCACGGCAACAGGCUAGUUUUGACGCAGAGAACCAUGAGUAUCUUUGCCCGCUAUGUGAGUGUCUCAGCAACACAGUUCUCCUGCUUGUACCACCCUUAGGAAUAUUGCAACCAUCUCUGGAACCUCAACCGAAUAUCAAUUUCGAGACGUGGCUGAAGGUAAUGGCGCUCACGCUAGAGUGCAAACCGAACAGGAAAUUUGGCAAGGUCGUAGAGAAGGACGAGGAUACAUUGGAGGGUGAAAGAAUAGUCAAUCCUAUGGUAGUUCUUCGUCAACAAAUUGGAUCUGCUUGGGAACUAUUUUAUUCGCAGUAUUCGCGAUACGGACCACACCUCGCGCGAAGGAUGGAGACCAUGAUCCACAUGUACGCUUCACUUUUUGCAAAAACUACAUACAAAGGAUUCGGUAGUAUCGAUAGCGAUUCAAAGCUGCCUUUGUUAGCCUGGAAGUCAGUAUCAUACACGAUCCAUGCGAUAGAGUUUCUGUUGCGGGAUACGGAAAAACCAUUGCUGGGUUCCAUGACCGCCCGACAAAGCAAUAGUAUAAGUAGCCUGGUGAGAUUGUCAGCCCUCUUAGGUGCGAGUUUCUCGAAUCGUGCAAAUCUCUGGUCACAGCGCGAUCAAAUCAGAAGUUAUGCAGCGUCAUUGUUGACGAUGUUGUUAGAGGCACCGUCCACUGGACCAAGCAUCUUCGAUAUCGAUCCAUUCGGCAUACUAGUACCGCUUAUUAACUCGUUACCGAGCAUAUUUCAUACAAAGGAAAACGCUGUCUCAAAUCCGCCGCCUAUCAUUACGGGCGAUGUGUUUGACUCGCAUGUGCUCAAGCUCGUGUUCCUGUCUCACAUAGCAAAAAUUCUGUAUACAUCUGACUUCGCCGACGCGAUGGAGCUAGAUAGUAACGAGACGGAGGACGAUGAUAACGAAGAUGAAAAUAUCGAAACCAAAAUGGACUUUGCUCUGUUCCAUAUUCUGGGUGUGCAUUAUGACAAGCAGAAAGCUAGCGACGUAUGGCGACGAGUGGAAUCCGCUUGUCGACCUUUCCUCCGAUGCUGCGCUAUUUACUUUCAUUAUGUGACCGACGUUCCGCCGCCAAGCGAAUUGACGGAGGUGCACGGUGAUACAUACGAAAAACUCUGCCAGUACCUGGGAUUACCCACUACCUGCGACGCUUUGAUCAACUCUCAUCUAGAGGUCUCCCUGAAAUUGAUGGCUGUAUGGCGAAGACAUUCUACCAUCUGGAAUCACAUGUUGGGCGAAAGGAAGGUGACGAUUAUCAAGGAUCCAUUGAAGGUGAACAAGCUGAUAGAUUUACCGGAGGAUUAUAGCGAGCUCAUCAACUCGAUAUCCCAGUUCACUUGUCCGAACAGGGAUCAGGAAGACUCACGUAAUCCGACGAUGUGCUUAGUCUGCGGCGAGAUGCUGUGCUCGCAGAGCUAUUGUUGCCAGAUUGACUUCAACAAGACAUCGAUAGGCGCGUGUACGUUCCACGCGAACAAAUGCGGCUACGGCGUCGGUAUAUUUCUGCGUGUACGUGAAUGCGAGAUCCUUUUCUUGCGCACGCCUAAUCGCGGUUCUUUCCUUUGCCCGCCAUAUCUCGAUGAGUAUGGCGAGACGGAUCAGGGUUUACGGCGUGGUAAUCCAUUGCAUCUCUGUCACGAGAAGUACCAACGGCUGCACCGCUUAUGGCUCGGUCACGGAAUCCACGAAACCGUCACCCGGGCGUUCGAGCAAUCGUCAAACACUCUGUUGCCGACCCAGUGGCAGCAUCUAUAACUUCAUGAGAUUCCCUAUAAUGCCACAGAUCUGAUGUUUAGACAAAAAAAAAUGAGAAAAGAUUUUAUUCUUACAUGCUUAAGCGAACGUAGCAGCCUAAAUAUUGAUUGUUGAUCGUCCAAGGUGCAAUCUGCGUUUGCAUUCAAAAUCCACAAAAUUAAUUUAUUCGGCGCGUAUAUCAAAGUACGUCUUUAUACAUUUAAAAACGACAUUGGAUAGAUAUGUUUUCUCUUUUCCCUCUUCCUUUCUCCUGUUUCCCUUGCAAUCGUAAUAGCU